AUGGUAGUUGGGUUGUGCUGGGCCCCACAGCACUUGCUGGCUGUUCUGUUGGGGAUUAAGAUGAGCCCAGAACCUUUGAAGAAACGUGGUCGUGCUGCUGCCUCUGGGGAAAAAAGAUCUAAGAGGAAGCCAAAGAGAAAGGAAGCAUUUUCAGUCUACAUUUACAAAGUACUGAAGCAGGUGCACCCCGACCUCGGCAUCUCGUCCAAGGCCAUGAGCAUCAUGAACUCGUUCGUGAGCGACAUGCUGGAGCGGCUGGCGGCGGAGGCGGCGCGCCUGGCGCAGUACGGGCGCCGCGCCACCCUCGGCAGCCGCGAGGUGCAGGCGGCGGCGCGGCUGCUGCUGCCCGGGGAGCUGGCCCGGCACGCCGUGUCCGAGGGCACCAAGGCCGUGGCCAAGUACACCGGCGGCGAGUGA